AUGAAUGAUGAUGAAAACGAGUCAUCAAAACGCAAGAAGAAACAUGGGACGUUAGAUUGGUUUGUUAAUGCUCAAAAGAAAACAAAGACUCAAGAUGAUUCUUCGUCGACGCCCGAUAAUAUCACACAUGGUAGCACCAAAUUUCCAUAUAGGGAAAGAGAAAGUCAAUUUGAUGUAAAUACACUUCCACAUGAUCCAGGCUUGAGAAAUAAUAUCCUUGAUUAUCAUCACAACGACCAAGAUGCAGUGAGGAAAGAAUAUAUACAAAGAGGUCCUUGCCAACCAUGUGGUCAUCAAUUUCUUCAAACAGAUUUUGGAGGCUAUAUGCAUCGCUUUAUUCCCACUUGGUUUGAUAAACAUAAAUGGCUUUUUGAAAAAGAGGCGGCUUUUUGUUUUCUAUGCUACUUAUUUAGGGACAAGGAUGAAUUUAAUGGAAAAGGUGGAGAUGCUUUUGUUACGGAUGGCUUUAAAAGUUGGAAUAUGCCAAAUAGGUUCGAUAGACAUGUGGGAGCUGUUAAUACAAAACAUAAUGAGGAAGUUGAUAAAGUUGUAUUGAAAAAUGCUCCAAAGAACUUACAAGUAACCUCCCCUUCCAUUCAAAAAGAUAUCAUACAUGCUUGUGCAAAAGAAACAACUAAACACAUUAUUAGAGAAGUUGGUGAAGAUUAUUUUGCAAUAUUAGUGGAUGAAUCGGCUGAUGUAACUCAUAAUGAGCAAAUAUCUUUGUGCUUGCGGUAUGUAGAUAAGAAAGGGGAUAUAGUUGAAAGGUUUCUCGGUGUUGUACAUUUCGUUGAUACCACAGCUUUAUCUCUUAAAAAGGCAAUUUAUUCUUUGCUUGCGGAGUAUUCAUUAAGUCCAUCUAAAAUUCGAGGUCAAGGAUAUGACGGAGCUAGCAAUAUGAAGGGUGAAAGUAAUGGCCUUAACACCCUAAUCUUAAAAGAAACCACAUUUGCAUACUAUGUCCAUUGUUUUGCUCACCAACUUCAACUAACACUAGUUGUAGUUUCAAAAAAGAGCAUAGAUUGUGGUUGGAUCUUUGAGAUACUUACAAACUUACUGAAUGUCAUUGGAGUUUCUUGUAAGAGAAAAAGAAAUGUUGCGAGAAGCUCAAGCUCAAAAGGUUUCACAAGCAUUUUAUGA